GCUGACACGAUCCAACUGAUCCAACGGCAAUGUGCACAAUUACCUGACGGAUGUGCGGCCUCAACAAACUGCCAUCUCUUGGUGCUCGUCCCCCACAGCAUUUGGGGAUGACGCCUUAAGAGAUGCGGGGCAGAGACCGACACAGUCGGGGUACCCCGUUCCCCGUGAGCAGCUCGAUGGAUAUGUAUAUCACUGCUUGUGCCGAUUCUCGCUCAAAACGUUCGUUGCCAGUGAUAUUCUACUACGACGAUGGCUCCGAACAAGCGCACCUUCACCAUCAUCCAGGCCGAUGGACUUUACCCGGACGACUCUAUCGAACAACAAAUAUUCACGCCUACAGAGUCUCAGAACUAUCAAGUCAAAUAUGUCCAGACCGAUCUGUGGGUUCCUGGAACCCCGACACCCAAGCCAUGGACGGCCAUUGACAAGGUCUUGCGAGAUGAGGUUGACGGCAUAAUGGUGCUCAAGAUGGGCUUCACCAAACAAGAUCUGGACCUCUUCCCCAGACUCAAAGUCAUUGUGCGCAUGGGAGUUGGCUAUGAUCGACUUGACAGGGUCUGCCUUGCUGAACGAGGUGUGACGGUAUGUAAUGUACCAGACUACGGCACCUGUGAAGUCGCCGAUCAUGCCUUGGCACUGGCACUCUCUCUUCGACGAGGCGUUCUACUCCAUCAUGAAACCCAGCGUGCCGACCCACCCGCCCACUGGGCGUACAUUGAAUCCCCGCUGGUGGCCCGUCUACAAAACACCACAUUUGGAAUCUUGGGCAUCGGCCGAAUUGGCACCGCAGCAGCUUUACGGGCCAAAGCAUUCGGGUGGAAUGUGCUCUUCUAUGAUCCAUAUGUGGCCAACGGCUACGACAAAAGUCUUGGCGUUGAGCGGACGCGAGAUAUCAAGGAGCUGUUUCGAAGGAGUACGACGCUCAGUCUGCACUGUCCCUGCACGCGCGAAACGAGGGCGAUGGUUGGCUAUGAAUUGCUGAAGCUGCUUCCAAGAGGAGCCAUCAUCGUCAACACGGCACGAGGCGAGAUUGUCGAUCUUGAUGGCGUCGAGAGAUGUCUGAAGGAAGGCAUCAUCAGCGGUGCAGGGUUGGACGUGUUGGACGAAGAACCCAUCCCUGAAGAUCGAGUGCAUCCUCUCUUGCAGGCUUAUAGAAGAAAGGAGACAUGGCUGCAAGGCCGGAUGGCCGUCACAUGCCAUACGGCAUACUACAGCCCGGAGAGCUUUGUGGACAUCCGCGUCAAAAGUUCCCAGACAAUGCGCGAUGUUUUAAUUGAUGGUCUGAGCAGCAACGUUAUCACUCCAGACAUGGAAUAGUGGAAUCUCUACGCAGUCGUCUGAUCGCAUGGAAAGACAAACUUGCACCCAGGAUCAACUUGGCGGAUUUAAGUACAGCUCGGAACUCGUUGUUGAUGAUCAUUUCGGAAGGCCCGACACUGAUUCAGUCCCUCGAAUCAGUCUAUAAGUACGUGGUACACUGUACAGUUUCCGUCCACAUGAGGUACGACUUUUGGGUGAUUAUAGAUGAUCUGGGGCUGGCCAACAAGGCCAUAUCCCGUGACUACUUAGAUGGCUUGGCGCCGAAUUGUUCACACAAGGUCAGUAUAUAAUAUGAGCUGUGACAAAUGUACAUACCUGGUUUA